AUGCUUUACAAAAUCAUAUCCAAGAUCUUGAAUGCUAGAUUGCAAGAAGUUCUGCUUGAGAUUAUCAGUUAUAAUCAGAAUACUUUUGUUAAGAAUAGAGUUAUUUCAGAAAACAUAUUGCUAGUCCACAAAAUUCUAUAUUCUUUUAAGCAUCCAAAAACCAAAUAUGAUCAUAAAUUAGCUUUAAAGCUUGACAUAAGCAAAGCUUAUGAUAGAAUUGAAUGGCUUUUCUUGCAAACCAUUAUGCACAAAUGGGGCUUCUCUGAGAUAUUUAUAAACUGUGUUAUACAAUGUACUGUAACUUCAUGUCAUUUGUUUGGUAUAAAGCUGCAUAGGAAUGGUCCAAUAAUUUCUCAUCUACUAUUUUCUGAUGAUUCCAUUAUAUUCUCUAAGGCCGAUAUACAAUCAGUUAUGAGGAUCCAGCAUCUAUUACAUAGAUAUGCCUUAGCAAGUGGACAAAUGAUUAAUUUGGAUAAAUGUGGACUCCAGUCUCAAUCUCAUAAAUACAUAGGAAUGCGUAUUUUAAUUGGCGCCUCCAAAAGUGCUACUUUCAAUCAUAUUGUGCAUAAGAUUCAGCAUAAACUUAACGGAUGGAAAGAAAAAUUUCUAUCUAUGAGAUACUUCCUCUUUCUUUAUGCAUGUAACAAGAUUAAUAAAAUGGUGGCUGCAUAUUGGUGGGGUUCCCCUGAAUUGGUAACCAAAAGUACAAAUUUCUUUGGUUUCGUGGCUCAGAACCCAGCUUUCAAUGCUUUUUCCAUGGAAUCCACAUCCGCUUCUUUAGCAGGCACAAGUACGCAAAAUUGA